AUGGCUGCCAUGGACAGGCUUACUUGGCUGCAUGAGAGAUGGGACGUGGAAGAUUUCACAGAAUCAGUCGCGUUUAUUACUCGCUGUGCGCUUCUAACUGCGAAUCGGCGACCUCUUCUUGCAGCAGUGCAGAGGCGAUUACUGUAUGAACAGCAGAACCCAUUGGAACGGUACACCAAUGAAGAUUUCAAGCAAAGGUACCGGUUGAGCAAAGCCACUGUUGUUUCCAUCGUAGAGGAAUUGCUGCCGCUGCUUCGGCCAUACCCAAAUGAACGAGGCUCGCCAUUGCCGCCACUGUUGCAAGUGAUUACAACUCUGCGGUUCUAUGCUGCUGGUACUUUUCAGCUGGCCAACGCGGACAUUUCCAGUGUAUCGCAACCGACGGUGUGCCGCCUAGUGAAGACGGUCAGCAGAGCCAUCGCCACCAAGUUGGUUCUGUGCCACGUUACCUUUCCUGCACCCGAGGGCAUGACUCAGGCUAUGCAAAAUUUCUAUACAAUCGCCAGUGUACCAGGUGUAACUGGGUGCAUUGACUGUACUCAUGUUAGGAUAAAGAGCCCCAGAAGUCCUGCAGCGGAAACGUUCCGAGACAGGAACGGCAACUUUUCUACUAACGUUCAGGCUAUAACUGGCCCAGAACUGCAAUUCUUUGAUGUUGUCGCUAGUUGGCCUGGCUCUGUCCACGACAGCAGGAUCUUCGACAACAGCCGUGCCAAGUUCUUGUUCGAAGAACGUUUGUUACCUGGCAUUCUGCUUGGCGACAGUGGUUAUCCAUGUCUUCCAUAUCUUCUGACACCAUUACUACAACCGCGCUCGCAAGCUGAGAAACGAUACAACACCGCUCGCAUAAAGACCCGCAACGUGGUUGAGCGUGUCUUUGGUGUGUGGAAGCGACGCUUUUCAUGCCUAGACAUGAAACUUCAAACCAAAGUCAAGACAUCAGUGACAAUCAUAACUGCGUGUGCAGCGUUGCACAAUAUUGCACGAAAAAUGAACGACUCGUGGGAGCUAGCAGAUGCCCCACAAAGUACAAACGAAACAGCUGCUUAGGAGUGCCGCGGCCAUAGGUCGGCGAAUUCAUUCAUGAUGGCCUUCACCGACUUCAUUCACCAUCACCUCAUAGAGAAUGAUGUGAUGUUGAAUGAAGGGUAUGAUGUGAUGUGAAGUUGAAGUUGAAUGAGCGGCAUGAUGUGAAGUGAAGUUGAAUUUGAAUGAAGG